AUGCUGUUCAUUCAUUACUUUAAUCUAACAUAUUUUCGAAAUAACACUAGUAACUUUCGCCUGCUGGAGUAUUAUUUGAAAGCAGAGUUUGUCUUUUACAUCUAUGACACUCUCCAGUUUGCAUUUUUCUUGUGGGUCCUGUUCAAAGCGAAACAGUUUCACUUCAACUUUACGGUUUUGCUGGCUCUCAUCUAUCUCAUUCAUAUUAUUGAUAACAUCGCAAUAAUCCUCAUGAGAGUAUACAUGUUUAUGGGAUUGGAUGGUAAGAAACUCUCGAUAUAUCGAUGCAAAAAAUACAAAAACAAUUUAGAUACCACAAUUCGUGAAAACAUAAAGUUUACUGUUCUAAUGUACAUCUCCAUAUUCGAAAUAAUAUGUGCGUUGGGAAUUUUACCAUGUCUCAUAAUUGAACGCUGUUUUGCAUCUUACUUUGUUGCGGAUUACGAAAAAAAGCAAAGGAAAUAUGUAUCCUUUUUCUUGGUUAUUUUCCUUUUCAUCAUUGCAAGCACUUCUUGUUUUUUGGUUCGCAGAACUUCCAACACUGUCUACAUUGUAAUCACACUAAGUAUUGCAAAUGUUUUCGCACUAAUUGUUAACGGGAAUCUUCGAAUUUACAACAAUUCUCAGUACCAGAAAGUUCAAGCCAUAGGAGCACAAUCAGGAGCAAUUACCGAGUAUUCACUGACUCAGAGAUAUCAGAUAACUGAAAAUAUUAAGACUCUUCGGAUGCUUAAUGUCAUCGUUUUCUAUAUGGGAUUCAUGAAUAUGGCACUGGUUAUCAGUUUGAUGAUGUCUGGAAUCCGAGGCAUCUCUCCGGAGAGACAAGCGGUUUGCAGUGUUGUUCUGGAUGUUUGCAUUUUUGUCUACAGUAAUCUUCUCUCUCAUGUUAUCAUGCUUUGUUGUGAAAAAUGGCGACGUCAGUUAUCGGAAACGUGGAGAAAGAUUGGUUGUAAAUCUAGUGUUGUCCACGUGGCUCCACUGUGUGAUACUUAUGGAUCUGCGAUGAAUGUGAAUAUGACGGUGGAUUCAUAUUUUGACACUCUCCGCAAUUCAUGGGAUGUCUCGACCCCCGUGCAUCAUUCAAAAUAA